ACACCGAUAAGAUUUGCAAAAAUAAUUAUCCAAAUCCCAAUAGUAGUUUGCUCGUAUGAGUAAAUAAAAAUAUUUAAAUGUUAGUAUAUGUGAUUUGAACUUGGUCAUUGUUACUAUAGCUAGUCAUAUUUUUCAUUAGACUACAACUCAUUUGUUCUUAUAUUUUAAAUCCAAAUAUAAUAGUAAAAAGAUAUUUCUUAUCUCCAAUUAUUUUCAAAAGCUAACGAUUAAAACCAAUCAAGGACUCCUCUAGUCUCCUUGUCUAGUAGGAUCUAUCGAAAGUUGUUAGACAACGAUUGUAUUUUACAAUUUUUUCAAAAUACGAACACUUCAUGUGCUUUGUCGUAUUUCGUACAAAUCGGAUAAUUUUUAUUUAGUAAUUAUUUAAUUUUUAAUUUAAUUUAAUUUUUAAGAGAGAACACUCCUAUGUAAAAUUUCUGGAUUCAUCACUGGUUUCAUCAACCCUACAUCAUUGGCUGAACCGCCUUCUUUGUACUCAUUCUGCCAUGCCAGUUUCCUAGAUUGAUUCUUCCACUCCUCCACCCAAACACAAAAGAAAGAGGGGGGGGGGGGGAAUGGCGACAUAAUUAGCACUGGCAAUUUGCGCCAUGUUUUGCUGCCUGGUGAGCGGCUUUGAUGAUGCGUUAUGUGCAGGAAGUGACAGCACGGGGACGUGCACCCACCAUCCGUUGCCGGCGAGUGCCUCUCAGGAAGACAUAUUCCCUGACUUUGCCGACGACUUUGAAGACGGCGACACUCCCGGUUGCUACACGAGAGAUGGCUACGUUGACGACGAUGGUUUCCCGUUCAAAGUGCGCGCUUCUUUUAGUUGCGACGGCGCGCCCAGCGAGAGGUGCUGCAAGUGUAUGGCAGAUGGCUUCGUCCGCAUGAAAGUAGGGUGCAAAGGUCGAGCUGGAGGGACCGUCUUGUCGGAUGACUGUUGUCUGAGGUAUGAGACCUACAACAUCUGCCGUCGUUAAUUAGCUCGGAGUGGCGGGCUCAGGAUUCUUGAACAAGUGUGUCGACCGAUAAAAGUGUGUCAGUUAUCAUUAUCGAAGUUGUACAGAAAGUUUCAGUUUUUCGUACUUACGAAACCUAAAGUUUCUUCCAAUAAUACUUGGGUCUGGCUCUAUAGCUAGGUUGACAGUCGGUCAUCGGAAGUUAUGACGAUGAGAAUAUACGUGACAUUUGACAAUAAGCUGCUUCUGUAAUGCAAUUCAUGGAUAAUUGUGAAUGGAAGUCAGCGGUGGUUUGUAAUGAAAGGCAUUGGUAAAUCUUUUGGUAAGUAAGUAGUGGUGGUUUAUUUUUUUUUAUAUAACCAAGAAACAUCCAUACGCGCGCACACCGCUUGAGCGAUAAUGGAGCGUAGAUCAAAUCUGGGGUUCACAUGGUUGAGCCCUUUUGUGCCCUUCACUAAAAUCUCCUUUUGGUGCUCCUGGCAACACCACAAUUGGUCUCGAGGUGCGGUCGUACACACGGAACCUCACACUUCCCGAUCAAGGGUCUCUUGAGAGUUUUACCAGCUGGGCUAUGUGACUUUUGGCACUGGUGAUUUAUUCUUAAAAGGCAUUGAUCAACUAAACUUUGUUUUCUAUUCUUCAAACUAGUGAAAAAUUAAAGGCCUAAAAAUAAAAUCAUACGACAUUCAAAUAUUUCACUUCAUUAAUAAGGAGAAGAAAAAAAUUUGUUGAAAAUAUGAGAAAACAAAUGUUGAAAACUAUAUUUUAUCAUUUUCGAAAAUGUCAAGAAGCUACGUUUAUAAAAGUUGGAAACGAAC